GGUGUAUAUAUAUCACAAAAGCAUUAGAAAAAUGAAAGACUUUUUCUUUCUCCUUGUUUUCUCUUGAGUUACAAACAUGAAUAUUAUUAUUAAUAUUUGUUGAGUGCUGUAUUUUUUAUUUUAAUGUUGGAUAUGGAAUUUCCUGAGUUGUCUUUGGCUCCAACAAGGCAGUUUGUGAAAAGUGAUGAGAUGAAUUCUUCCUCAUCAAAGCACUUAGUAGAAAUUAGCAGCCAAUGUUCUAGGAAGAGGAAGCUUCUUCUACAUGAUCAUCAUCACUUUAUUAAGUCUCAAACAAGUGUUGAUCUUCAACUCAAAGAUCCUCUUCCUCUUCAUUGGGAGCAAUGUCUUGAUCUUCAGCUAGUGCAGUCAGGGAAAAUGUACUAUCUAAACAGAAAAACAUUAAGGAAGAGUUGGAAUUGGCCAAAAGAUCAAGAUCAUCAUCAACAACAUCAUCACCAAAAGCUAGACUUGGCGUUGGAGCUCAACAACAUUAAUUCUCCAUCAUCAAAAGCUGAUAAUUUGAUGAAUUUUGGACAUGAACAUGGAAAUUAUUCUUUUUCAGAAAGUAGCAACAUGGUGGCUUUGCCUUGUCUCAAUUGCCACCUUCUUGUUAUUCUCUCAAAGUCUUCUCCAUCUUGUCCUAAUUGCAAGCAUUUUCAUACCCUUUUUCCAAAUUGCCCUUCUUCACCCAACUCCCCUCCUAACACCUUGCCACUCUUGAACUAGAUAUAUACCCUAGGCAUCAACUCGACUUUGACAUGUACGACAUGUAUGUCUUCAGAUAUCGUUUGAGUUAGGUUCAAUUGUAUUGUAUUUUAUGAUGACAGUAAAAAAGGAGUGAAGUAUGUUGUAAGGUGUAUUUUUUAAGCUAAUUAAAAAAAGGAAAAAACUUAGUGCAU